AGUCUGUCAAUUCCAACGAAUAGUCAAACAAUUCAUGAGUUUUCCGUCUCGAAAAAAUGCUUGCGAGCUUCCAUAAAGUGUUCUGAUAUAGCGGCUGCGGUCGAACAUUUUUCUAGUAUCAUGUACGGACCUGUCUAGGGCAUGAAUGUGACGAACACGUCACCAGUUGCAGAAGACUACAGCUGAUCCAAAGAGCUGAGGGUAUGACACAUGCCUUGCUCUAGUCAAAUGGCUCGAUAGUUCUAGUGCGUGGAAAUUAACCCCCAACCUUCCCGGUUAAUAUGUGCCGUCUAUUUAAGAUACGACGACUGGGCAAAAUGUAACUGUAAUCAUUGUUUUCCCCCUCAUCUCACAAGCCAAUAUGGCAGACUCUAUGAAUCUCGCAGUGCCUCUGAAACUCGACGCUUUCGUACUGAACGAAGAGGUCUGUGGCAAAGUUGAAAAAGAUGCUAAGAUCGCUCCGAUCACCCAACCCAACUAUACCUUCUUGCAACUUGACGACAGUCUAAUCCAAAAUGACAUUCUCGAUCAUAUAGAUUUGCACAAUGCAUUUCCGGCACAGACAAACCCGCGUCUGUAUGAUCUGGGAACGGGCAAACCCCAUGAAAACCGCAUGGGCGUGUAUCUGCACUGGAUUAUGCCUCGCUUUUACCGCACAGGAACAGCGGCGACUCCAUCAGCGCACCCGCAGCAUACGGAGGAGCUUAAAGCAAAGGGACUAGGCAAAACCCACGCGGAGAAUCCUGAAGAUUAUGCCUCACCCGCUUUCCGAGCACUGCCCAACCGGUGGCUAGUGAUCCGGAAACUUGAUACCAGUUCUAUUGAGCCCAAGACCGCGAAGAUUGAUGAAGUGGCGGCAUGGGUCGUGGAAAGUGACCGUGUGCGUUCGAUUGACGACGAAGAUUUGGUCGACGCAGACCUUCAGGUGGACAUCUCACCCUACAUCACCACUAACAAGGAGAGCGUCAGGCAUAUCAAUCUAGCGAAGCAAGCAGAGGUCUUCAUCGGGUACAAAAAAGAAGCAAAUGACUGGGAGGAGUGGAAUGAAAGUACCACUCCAAGCAAACCCAAACCCGAACGGGUCGAUCUCACAGCGAUUAGCAGUUCAAAUCAGCUUUUCCUCGAUUACCAGCCGCAUUGCAGCAAUGUCUUUUCAACCGUGGAUACAUUCAAAUGUACUGUCAACGACAGUCCGUCUCAGCUCACCAGCGCUAAGGCAGAUUACUACGUCCUCGGGUGGCAUUCAGAUGCCACCAAAGGGCCAUUUGGUGAUUUAACCGCAGGCUCAAAGCUCGACCGACGGAAGCGUCUGGAAUCAUUGGAGAUGGAGUUGCAGGGCAGCAACUGGCCCAAGGCAAUCACGGAUUGGCUAGAUUCAGACAGACCUGGGCAAAGUCUCUGCCACGGUGCCAUGUACAGCGUUGUUUGGAAUCGGACAAAAAAGCCAGACAACAUGCCAGCCCAAGAGGCGUCUACCCACCUGCUCGAUAAUAUGCCAGUGACGGUAGGCACUACCCCAAUUGACUCGCUGCUGGCCUAUGUCGACAGCUUUCAAUAUGAGGACCAUGAAACAGACCCACAAAGAAGGAUAGAAAAGGACAUCCACAUGCUAGGGCCACUUCUACGAGCGCAGGAUGAAGGUGUGGACGCGCAUCGGGUGGCGAUGGAUGAGGUUCAGAACUGGAAUUUCUCGAGAGAGUCUGGAGGUUCGCAUUGGUACAUCCAAAGUCAACCUGGAGAGAAGGUCACAACACCCUCGGAUGAUGAUAUCAAGCUCCUAGAGCAGCUUAACAAUGCCCAGAAAGUCGUGGACACCAUCAGUCGACAGAUAAUUGAAAUGCGAUGGACAAUGUUCUCCUACUGGUGGCGAUACUUCAGCGCAACAACAGGCAACAAGAAACAUUGGGACAUCGAUUACUUGAAGAACCAAAUAGAAUAUUUGCAAUCUAUUGCCGGUCACCAAAAGGACUAUAUCACAAAGGUUCUGAUGCCAAAGUUCACUCAGAAACCUCAGGAAGGAGUUCUACCAGAGUUCAGUCAGCCUCGUGAUCCCACCUUGUUGGUAGCUGGUAUUCAAGCUGGAUGGCCUGAUGAUUAUCUGGAAAAGUUGAAAGUGCGACUAGACGACCAGUUCGUCAAACUUGACGAUGAUUCCAAGAAAAAGCUAAAUAUGGAAGCGUAUUGCCUGAAGGUCUUACCCGAACAACUCAAGGGCACAGCCGAAAAAUUGAUCCAGGAAUUCGUCAAACUGAGCGAUAAAUUGGUCAAGCCAAAAGCUCCAGAACUCUUGCCUCUAUAUCAUGAUAAGGGCCUCCAUGGGGAAGAUAGCGAUCCUCUUCGAGAUGACUGGAACGAGACACAGCCCUGGGCGCCGCUGUUCCUCGAAUGGGGCGCUGAAUACUUCCAUAUUCCUUGGAAGGAUUGGGGCAUGAUCAAAGAGCAGAAAGCCAAGCUCGAUCCCCAAUGGCGACUAGGAAUCUCCGAUAAGGAUCUUCUCAAUCCUCCCAUUACCGACAGCCGGCCCUUGUCUGGACGCAUCUUACUUCUGCCUCAGCCCAAUUUCUCUCUACAAGCAGCCAUUGACCAACUCUUCAGCUCUGUUGAUCCAGACACGUUGAAGAAAUACAUCAAGGACGAAGAUGAUAGAAAGGAGAUUCAAAAAAAUACAUGGAAGCUACCAUUCCUUUCAGCUCCCCUCAGUGGAUUCAACGACCAUCUACGGACCGUGGUGCAAGGCACACAUAUCAAGCCUCUCGUGCGGUACCCCCGAAAUGCUGGAUAUGGUGUAGAGGGCCUGCAUCCUAUCUCUGAGGCUGCUACUGGUAUCUUCAAAGACAAAGAAGAUCAUCUCAGAAUCAUCGACAUCUAUUCCGAAGUAACUCCUUACGGUGCCUAUCUCACAAAUUCAACCAGUAUCUUAAAUCCCGGGGGGACUGGGGACCAGCAAAAGCCAUGUGCUUUUAAGCCGGUUACACAUGGUCAAUUCCGCUUCUCAAAGCUGAACAUAGUGGACAAGUUUGGCACAGUGAUAAAUUCGAUUGACGCUCGCUAUGGUCAUGAGGACGAACAGGCAGUCUAUCCACAUCUCAGUUCCUACUACGAACCACAACUGUUGAACGAUAAACCAAAUCUUGUUCAACCCCACGGAACAGAUUCUAAGGGUCACGUUGAGUUUGCGCAGGUUCCACCCAGUAUCAAUCAAGCAGCCCGGUUGAACUCUACGUUUGUGAAGUACGAUAAGCGCCGUAACAACCCCGUGAUCAAGGACCAGUAUUCAUACUGGCACCCUGUGACAGAAUGGGAAAACCCCAUCUGGGGCUGGAUUGUACUCAACUAUGUCGACUAUGGCAUCCAGCUCUUCUUGCCUGAUGGCACAUUCUAUCGUGAAGUCCGCCUGUCAUCUCCCAAUGCCCCCAAGCAUAUCGCAGCCAGUAGCAAAUGGUUACCCUUUGGGCCACCGAAAGAAAAGCAGGACACGGUGCAGUUGGACCAUCUUAUUGAGCUUCUCUCUAAUAAGGACUCGGAUGACUAUCUACACGCUUCCCACGGGCGAUUGGGCAUGGCUGCAGCCAUUUGUGGAUGACGAUGGCACGACGCAAUAUUACAAGGCGCUGGGAUUGGGAAAGGUGGACAGUCGACCCAAGUUCGAGCCGUCUCCAUAUACCGCUGUUGAGGGGUAUCUGCAGCUGAAGCAGCCGAUCAUAAGACCAGAAGUCACAGACAAGUCGAAGUAAAUGCUAGAUAGUCUGUUAGAUCCAAUUGGAGAAAUGCCUCA